CUGGUUGAUUUGGAGACCCUCCAGUUGCCGAGAACCCAAGGCGGACUCGAUAUCCUAGACAUCCGAGCGAGAAAUAAAGCAAUUGAAGUAAUGUGGAUUAAAGCCCUACAAGCAGAAGACCAACCGACUUGGGCCUACUUCGCUCACGAUAUGAUACCCCGCUCCCCAGUAAGCACAGAAAGGAAUAUAAGUCUAGACAUUAAACAGAAUAUAUUCCUGCAAUCCUUCAAAACGAAGAAAUCAAGUCUCCCCCGAAACCUCCAGAGUCUACUGGAGGUAGCCAACGAGACGGGGCUUCGAGCGGAAGGUAUUUUUCUAGAAAAAUCAUCCGAGACCGGCCAAUCUGGUAUCACUCAAAUGCUGACCCCAGAAUUAGGCUGCUAACAAAAUCUGCGGCAAGCACAUGUCUACGAAACAACCGCAACCUGUGACUAGUCAGAGAAGCAGAAGAAAUUGCAUCCUACCUGGAUGAACCAACUCAUAACCCCUGGCGCAUCUCGGACUGUGAGCACCAUAUCUGUGCAGCCAUGAGAGAGAAUCUGGAAUGAUCCAAAACGAACGCAUGCAUGCUCAGGGCAAAGGAUCUGCUAGAUACCCUCCCAAGCAAAUGGGACCCAAGAUUCAUGCUGCCAGAGGACUACGAAGAAGCCCCCAAGGAAAUUGAAGGGGGAUUCGAGUUUGAUCGAAGAAUCACAACUUACGGCUCUGUAGCAGCAAUAUUCCAGAUUUUCACA